AUGGGCUGCCUACACUUUUUCUCUCCCUCACGUGCUUACAGAUACACUCCCUUGCCCGACAACAAGACGAUUAGGGUAUUAACGCUAUACGGCGGAAAUCCCAAGGACCCGCUUCGGGGUCAGCUCGAACUAGUUGCCGUUGAUGCUGCGGGGGAUUAUGAGCCUCUAUCAUAUGUCUGGGGCGAUGAUACGCUCACGCACGAAAUAUUUCUGCCCACUGCGCGGCUCAAACUUACAGCCAGCCUGUACCAUGCCCUGAGACGACUCAGACCGCGGGUCGGGUUCCGUCGCGUAUGGGCCGAUCAGGUGUGCAUCGAUCAGCGCAAUGAAGAAGAAAGAUCGCAGCAGGUGCAGUUCAUGAAUUUGAUCUACAGAAAUGGCACCCACGUACAGGUCUGGCUUGGUCUCGAUGAUCAAGGUUCGGCGAAAGAGGCCUUCGCCUUUGUACGAAGGCUAGCUAGGAUUCUCGUCAACAAUAAAAAAGACACUGCCUUGACUACCAUAAACAGCUUGUCAGAACAGCCAGCUGAGUACUGGGUGCCUCUUAAACACAUAACAGCUCUCCCAUGGUUCCGACGGGGCUGGAUCGUUCAAGAAAUUGGCACCAGGAGUUCCGCAACCCUGCUUUGGGGAGAAGAAGAGAUUGUAUGGGAUAUACUGCAUGACGCGUGUGAAGAACUUGCAGAAUACCACCACAUGAGAACAAAGCUCAAGGUGGCAACGUCAGAAAUCAAGUACCUCUAUCGCCGCUUCGUCGAGCCCGAGACACCCAGUCGGCACGACAAUCGGUUCAGCUUCAUUUACGAACUCCAUCGAGCGGGACACAUGAAUGUCACGGAUCCCCGAGAUCGGGUAUUUGCCAUGCUUGGCCACUACUCCAUCCGCAAGGGCCAUAACAGCCAGUUGAAAGAGUUGGAAGCCGACUAUAGUAAAUCGGUUGAGGAAGUCUAUGCCGAUGUUGCCAAAAGGGCGCUCAUCGGAGAUGCUGAGUCUCUCAUUACUCUAGCGGCCGUCCAGCACACUAGACUCCCCUCCUCAGCCGAAACUUCACGGAAGCGACAGGCGAAGCUGCCAUCGUGGGUACCAGACUGGAGAGCUCGCCACGGACACAUAAUGUCAGAGCCCACUACUCCUCACCGUGCCAGCGGCUCAAAGAAACCGGAUCUGAGCAUCAGCCCAUCAGCUCCAAAUGUGCUUAGCAUUCAUGGCAUAAGAAUCGACUCGAUUGAGGACUGCUCUGAUCCGCUGGAAAAGGGGGCGUUUCAUGAGAGGAAAGGCGAUGAGGAAAACUCCACCACGCGGCCCGCCGUCGAGUCUCUUUGGACGGACAUUUGUGGAAACACAAACGGCUUUCGUCUCAGCGACAAGUACGCCGACGGAGAAGAAAGCAGCUUCUUUGCCUAUGCCCAAACGCUGAGCAACGGCUGCAUGGCCAUUUACUGGCAGAACCACGCCACCGAGAGCUACGGUGCCGUGCCUAUUGAGACAUGGCUUGCACAUGCCGCUGCCUAUCUCGCCAGAACCGUCGAUAACGCGGCCAUCUCUCCCGAGCUCUGCUGUCUGGCUGAAAAGGGAGACACGCAGAAGUGGAGUCGUGCGGCGACUGGUGCAUCAACAAAUCGAAGGUUUGCCCGGACAACUAGGGGGUACUAUGUAAUGGGACCGCAGGCCAUGGAGAAGGGCGACAUUAUCUGCGUGCUAUUUGGAGGGAAGCUGCCGUUUUGUCUCCGUCCCUGUCUGGGCUCUCAGUAUUAUUUGCUUGUUGGGGAGUGUUACAUACACGGGUUCAUGAAUGGGGAGAGCGUAGAUAUGCUGGACGGAGGAGGCUUUUGCGAGUCUGUCUUUGAAGUUGUUUGACAGAACGCCGAG